AACUGCAAAAGAAAUGUUUUCAUCUUUGAAUGACCUGUUUGGGUCAGCAGCUGCAACAGAAAAUAUGUAUAUUGACAACACAACUCUAACAUCAACUUGGGCCUUCUGCAAUCCAGAGCUGGAAAGGCCAUCUGUGACAAUGUCACCAACAGUUCCAUCUUCUGAAGCCAUUCGACCACCUGCUGAUGUCCUUGAAUUAUUUAAAUUGCUGUUGAGACCACAUGUACAAAGUUACAUGAGAGGUGUGAUCUCCCAGUUCCAAGAAACAGAGUCUCAGGUUGAUGAAACUUACACAUGCAUACCAACAUACACACCAAUGACACCUGCCACAUGGACACAAGACUGCAACUACACACAGCCAUCUCCUUAGACUCAGCAGAUAUCAUCAGUGCCACCGUUUGAACAGCAGAUGCAAACACAACCAACUCUCGACAUUCACACUCAACAGAUGCCAACACAACAGAUUUCCCUUAAUUCACAACCAUCUCAAGACAUUGAAACUCAACAGAUGCCAACACACCAUUUGAUGCCACCUCAAAUUUCUUUGGAACAAAUGCCAAUGCAACGCAUGUUGCCACAACAAAUGCCACCACAUAAUCCUGCAAUUCCUUCCCGGCACACCACACUACAAAAGAUGCCAUCAACACCUUUACCUGUAGUAAGCCCACCGAGAACACCAAGGAGGUCACCUAGGAAGCAUAUCUCCUCUACACCCGAGGAUUCUGAUGGACUUAUGACAAGGCUUCUUUCAAACCAUCCUUUGACAGUUAAGAGGGAGGCACUGAGGAAAGCAAAAAGUGCAGCAAGGAAGGCUCAUUCAAAAAUGGCCUUCACUUUGACUGCGAAACUCCUUCCUGCAAUUUUUUCAUGUGAGGAGGUGGCCCUCAGUAGAGGACAAGGGAUAAAAUCAAAAGAUGGAGACACAAGACCAACUCUUGAUUCCACAAAGAUGACUGUUUUAAAAGAAUAUGUAGCAAUCUGGUGUGAGAAGAAUGGUGGAAAAUAUGGAGAGAAGGAGACAAAUUAAGGAAUAACUAUCUUCUCAAUUGUUAUU